GGGGUGAGGGGAGGAGGGGACGCGCGGGGCGGGGCCCGGCGCUAACGUCAGGGCCGAGGGCGUGGCCGGAGGGGGUUGUCCUCCCGCGGCACGCGCAGCAGCCGCAGCCGCCUCGCGCCGGGUUCCUCCUUUGCAGCACGAGCCUCAGCGGCAGCAGCAGCAACACCACCACCACCACCAUCACCACCAGCAGCAGCAGCAGCAGCAGCGGCAUCGCCAGCUCCAGCAGUAGCAGCAGGAGUCGGAGCCGGAGCAGCCUCUGCCGCCGCCGCCGUCCCGCGGACGUGAUUGGUCGGCCCGUCGCCGCCACUGUCCGGGCUCGAACCGCCGCCGCCACCUUCGCCGCGCGCCCUCCCACCCGCCACCCCAGCCCCGUAGGAGCCGGUCCGAGCCGUCCGCCCCGGGAAGAUGGUGGACCGCGAGCAACUGGUGCAGAAAGCCCGGCUGGCCGAGCAGGCGGAGCGCUACGACGACAUGGCCGCGGCCAUGAAGAACGUGACAGAACUGAACGACCCGCUCUCUAACGAAGAGAGAAACCUCCUCUCGGUGGCCUACAAGAACGUGGUGGGAGCCCGGCGCUCUUCCUGGCGGGUCAUCAGCAGCAUCGAGCAGAAGACCUCGGCCGACGGCAACGAGAAGAAGAUCGAGAUGGUGCGCGCCUACCGCGAGAAGAUCGAGAAGGAGCUGGAGGCCGUGUGCCAGGACGUGCUGAGCCUGCUGGACAACUACCUGAUCAAGAACUGCAGCGAGACGCAGUACGAGAGCAAAGUGUUCUACCUGAAGAUGAAGGGCGACUACUACCGCUACCUGGCCGAGGUGGCCACCGGGGAGAAGAGGGCCACCGUGGUGGAGUCCUCCGAGAAGGCCUACAGCGAGGCCCACGAGAUCAGCAAGGAGCACAUGCAGCCCACCCACCCCAUCCGGCUGGGCCUGGCGCUCAACUACUCCGUGUUCUACUACGAGAUCCAGAACGCUCCGGAGCAGGCCUGCCACCUGGCCAAGACCGCCUUUGACGACGCCAUCGCCGAGCUGGACACCCUCAACGAGGACUCCUACAAGGACUCAACCCUCAUCAUGCAGCUCCUGCGGGACAACCUAACGCUCUGGACCAGUGAUCAGCAAGACGACGACGGCGGAGAAGGCAACAAUUAGGACCCCGGGUGGACUGGCAGCCGCACGCCGAUGCUACUACUGCAGUCUUUAUUUUUUUCCCACAAGUUGGGGGGGUCGGGUGGGGGAGGGAAGGGAGGGGGUGACCUUCCCGGGGAGGAACCCACGGCCUAUCUUUGAUUGCCUCUUUGACAUUUUUGCCAAAAUACCACUAGUGGAAGGUCGGGCUGGCUGUGCUGGUUUGGAGGGACAGCCUCCCACCGGCAUCUGGACUGUUCUGUAGAUUCAUAAGGGUGGAGCUGUCUUUGAGUUAACUUAUCGCUAGGCAUAGGGUUCAGACGGAAACACCGAGAAUGGCUUGGCCCUCAUCCGAAUGAGUUCUGUGGUUCCAGUAAGGGUUCUGUUUUCUGUUGUUAUCGUUGCCGUGGUCUUUCUUUUCUCGUUCAUGUGCUCAUGUCUCGAGUCGUGGGUGCUGUGUAGAGUCCCCGUGUCUAGUGGCGUAUCCUCCGGUGCACGCUGCCCGCCCCGCCAUCGCCCCUCCCCGUGUGGCGGCUCCGGGCCUUGAGACCAGGCCGCGCUCCCUCUUCCCAGACGCCCAUCAGCUUUGCAGUAUUAACACUAAGUUACAGUUUACAGUAUUUCUACAUGACAGCCAUACGUGACAUCAAGCCAUGAUCGAUCGUGUCUCCCUUUGCUUUGCUGUUUGCCCGUUUUCCCUUCCUGGGCCCGCUCUGGGCCGAGCCGUUCCACCUCCCGGGCCACAGGGCUCCCCUGAGGAGGGUCAAAGCUGCUCUGGACCGGGGCUCCGAGUUCAAACGACAGGUGCUUGGCAAGUGGCUGUGGAAUUGUCCUCUUUUUUUCUCUUCUUUUCAGCGAUUUCCUCCACCAAAAAUAGUUAAACACUUUCAUAGAAGUAGAUUUGGGGAAAGGGAUUAGACACCACCAAAAACAAACAAAAAAACAGAAAAUUCAGGUCUGUAUGUCAUGUGCCGUGUUGGCGUUUUCAGAGAACCUCCUCGUUCCGAGCCGAUGCCACAGCUUCUUCCUCAGGGAUCACACUGCCAGUCCCCUUCCACCUGGCUCUCUCCCACUGUACGUGGGCCCACGCAUGGCAUGUGGUCACCUGCUGGAUUACGGAAGGAAGCUCGGUGACCGCUCUGAGGAGGCUGGGGGUUCGGAGGUAACUGGGGGAAACUUCAGGUGCUAGCAGCUCAUUUGGCAGAGAAAUCCACACCGGAAGAGCCGAGUGUAGGGAGCCCUGUGGAUGUCCACUCUUUUCUUUGCUCCCCCUAGAAAAAAGAGAAACAUCGCCACCCCCCACUUCUUCAGUCAGCGAGAAAACGGACCCAGAUCACGAGCAGAUCGUGCUGCUUUAUUUUGACUAAAGGCUUUUUUUCAGACUUCUAAAUUAAAGUGUGGGAAAUUGGAGGCUGACUGCCAUUCCCUUCUAAUUUACGUAUCGGUAGGUUAUAAUAAGCAUUGAUUAAGCGCUCACUGUAUGCCAGGCACAAUGCUGAGUGCUGGGGAUAGCGCUUGACUUGAUUGAAGAAGUGGGGCUCCUGCCAUCCACCAAUUGGUUUCCAGUAAGCCUUCGGGCCCUUCUCCAUUUGGAGAAGCCAAUCAACAAACAUUAUAUAUUAGUGUUGCUUCUAUGUUACAUUCAGUUAGUUUUUUUUUAAACUGCCAUAGUGUGUCUACAGUCUUUUUGGUCACAGACAUUUUGGCUUUUGUCCCCUCAUUUAAACAAAAAUCAGUAAUUAAGGGAAUGAAAAAAAUACCUGACAAUUAGUUCUGCUAAAUUUUUAUGCCAAAAUUGGCUUUAUAAUUAUGAACACUGGAUCCAAAUGCCAGUGAAGUUGGAAGAAGUCAUUCUUCUAACGUGGAAUCGGUGUAUUCUGUCUGUAACAUCACAGUCUCCCCCAAAGUGACUUCCUUUAGAAGUCUUUCUCCAUGAACUAGGGGGAAAGUCCUAAUUAAAUGAACCCUUCCGAAACGACAAACAGGAAAGCUGGGAUCCAACUUACGCUGCCAGUUGCAACUUUUUGAGUAGAUGCCAUGGAGUGGACAAGAUUGGAUUGGGGGGAAAUGGGGUGUGGCUCUUUUUUCCUUUAAAGUAAUUUAAAUUCAUGUUCAGACGUGAGCAGUGUUGUCCCUACCUGUAUAAUUUGGAAGUAAUUUACUGGAAUUACAAAACCUUUUUUUUUUUUAACUUCAGCUUUGGCUCUGGCUGCUUUUAGAAAACCCAUUCAGGCCAUGAUCACACAGAGGCUGAAACGAAUGGGGGCGGGGAUUUGAUUUUUAAGCAGCUUCCAUGGUCUUUCCUCUUUUUUUUUCUUUUUCCUUUUUUUUUAAAGAAAUGCACUUGCCUAUGAUACUGUUUCUCCAGUGAAAUGAUGACUGCUCCAUUACUCUCGAUACCAUAUUGUGCAUGCUAGUGUUGUAUUUCUAUACAGUAGCUUGAAAUUUAUUAACUUAUACUGUAGAUGUUAUGUAUUCCUAUGACAAAAAAAAAUUAAGUCUUCAAAAAAUUUUUAAAGUUUUUUAAUUUAUUUUUUUCUGUUGGGGGUAAAGUUCGCGCUACCAAAUAGUGAUCGUAACAAAUUGAUCUGUUAUGGAUGUUGCUAUAGUGACAUGCAAUUAUAUCUUAUUUUGUUUCUAAAAAGGAAAACAAAGCAAAAGAAACACCAGGAUUAGAUUAAUCUUAAUGUCUGGUGUUUGUUGUCACCGUGAAAUUAUAACUCUCACAGUGUAGGAGAACAAUGAAUAUGUUCUUGGAAUGAGCCUUUGUGCUUUUUGUCAUGUUAUGCAGUGAACUAUUUUUAAGGUCUAAUCAGUGAUUAUUUUUCAACUCCGUGUUUCUGUAAGGGAUUAUUUCACACACGGACCAUUCUUAGCAGUUUUCCUCAGUGAUGGAAUAUCAUGAAUGUGAGUCAUUAUGUAGCCGUCGUACAUUGAGCAAAUAAACUUACAGACCCUGA